AGUGGGGAAAACAUCUCUGAUCACGAGGUUUAUGUAUGACAGUUUCGACAAUACUUACCAGGCAACUAUUGGAAUUGAUUUCCUGUCAAAAACGAUGUAUCUUGAAGAUCGCACGAUCAGGCUGCAGCUGUGGGAUACAGCCGGCCAGGAGAGGUUCUGCAGCCUCAUUCCCAGCUACAUCCGUGACUCUGCUGUGGCUGUCAUUGUCUUUGACAUUACAACAGGUUCGGCUGCAGCUUUGGGACACAGCAGGCCAGGAGCGGUUCCGCAGUCUCAUUCCCAGCUACAUCCGUGACUCCACCAUUGCUGUGGUAGUCUAUGACAUUACAAACUUGAAUUCUUUCCAGCAAACCUCCAAGUGGAUUGAUGAUGUUCGAACAGAGAGAGGAAGUGAUGUCAUCAUCAUGUUAGUGGGGAAUAAAACUGAUCUGGCAGACAAGAGGCAAAUCACUACAGAAGAAGGUGAACAGAGAGCCAAAGAGCUGAAUGUGAUGUUUAUUGAGACCAGUGCAAAGACUGGAUACAAUGUGAAACAGCUUUUCCGUCGUGUGGCUGCUGCUUUACCUGGGAUGGACAGCACACCAGAGAAGAGCAAAGAAGACAUGAUUGACAUCAAACUAGAGAAACCUCCUGAGCAACCAGUAACGGAGAGUGGUUGCUCCUGCUAACAGGCCCAUCGUGUAGCAGCACAUUCCCCAACCGGCCAGUCUCACUGAAGAACAUCACUGCUCAUUGGCUAGGCAAACCUACUUUGUGGGCUGAAAAACCAAUCUACUAAGCAAGUGAACUCCCUGUUUACUGGUGGGGAGCAGCCCCGGCCGCCCCUCUUACUGCAUGGUAUGAGCCCUGAGUGCAGAAUGAGUGUCCUGUCUUUUAUCUUUUUUUUUUUAUGUUGUUGCACUUUGGCACUAUAGUGCCCUUUUCUCUCUCUCUCUCUCUCUCUUUUUCUCUCUCUUCCCUCUCCCCUCCCCACUUUGAGCCUGUCUGCUCAAAUAUAUCCUUUUGUGAAUGCAAUGAAAAAGCCACCAAGUUAGGGAAAACAAAAGCAAAGUUUGGGGGUGGGCUUUCCACCUUCCUUAUUGCCUUGCAUCUUAACUACUUCCCUGUCCACUCCAGCAAUGUCUUUGUCCUGCAUCCCUACUUCCUCUUUUUAAAGGCUGCUCCUUUUAAACUAGUCACAGUUUGACUUGGCCUUGCCUUCUUUUUGACAUGCAGGUGAUCUAUUUCUAGGCUUUGCUUCCUGCAGGGCGCACACAAUAGUAGCUGCUCAGUUUCUCCUUUCUGUGGAUGGUCUUGCCUAACUCUUGCUCAUCAUUUCUAAGGUUUGCCCUACGCUCAGCCCCUCAUGUGACACAAAACACUGCAAAUCCCCCAACUCUGAUACCUUGGGCCUUGUUGCUCCCAUUUCCGUGGCAGAGACAUCCCACAGAUUGCUCUCUUCAGUUGGAAUUUCUUCUCAUCUUCCCUGCGGAUGUUGGUGCUUGGUGAAAGAAGAGGGUGCAGAGGCUUUGCAGCAUGAGAUUGAGUGGGAAGAGAUCCUUAGGGCGCUUUGUGGGGAGCAGUUCCUAUCUGUUGAUAGCAAAGGCAAACAAUUCCCUGGAGUUCCUCACUACCGUGGCAAUAUCUGCCCUGGGCAUCAUUGGUGCUGUUCAGGUUCCUUCCCUGUUCUCUCUUCUCCUGUUCAUCUUCACAUAGGCUGGGAGUUGCUUCACAUGAAGCAGGAGAACUACAGCAGAUUGAAUGGCAGUGACAGCUGUUUUACUUUCAUGUCUAGGUUCCUGCUUAAUGAACUCAUACACUAUAUCAUAGCCACUUGCUUCUGGAAGUAGACCUUGGUGGGG